AUGCCAGAGGGAAACCACAGCACCUUGACUGAAUUUGUCCUUUCUGGAUUUCCAGGACUUCAGCCACAGUACGAAAGCCUUGCGUCGGCUGUGCUGUUCUUAGUCUAUUUCUUUACUAUGAUUGCGAAUGCAACAGUUCUGUUUUUAUUAGUGACUGAUCGUUCCCUUCAUAAGCCCAUGUAUUACAUAAUUUUGAAUCUGACUGCUUGCGACAUUCUUUUCAGCACCACUACUUUACCAAAGAUCAUCAGUAAGUAUUGGUUUCAGUCAAGGACCAUUUCAUUCACUGCUUGUUUUGUGCAAAUGUACUUUGUUCAUUAUCUGGGCACAGUGAACUCAUAUAUUCUCUUUCAAAUGGCUCUAGACAGAUAUUUGGCUAUCUGUCGUCCACUCAGAUAUACACUGCUUUUCAAAACCUCAACUGUCCUCAUCCUCAGUGUUACUGCAUGGGUUGUUGCCAAGGCAGGAGCUUUAAUGAUGGUCAUCAGGGCGUAUCCGCUUCCAUACUGUGCCUCAAACAUAAUCAGUAACUGCUACUGUGAUCAUAUUGGAAUAACAUCACUGGCAUGUACUGACAGGGCUGCAUAUAGCAUUCCUGCUUUUGUGAAUGCAAUGAUUAUGUUACUGGGGCCUCUAGCAUUCAUCAUUUUCUCAUAUAGUUGUAUAAUUAUUGCUGUGCUUAAAAUAGCAAAUGUACAAGGUCGUCUGAAGACUAUGUCUACUUGUAGUGGUCAGCUGAUUAUAAUCUCACUCUAUUAUUUACCCAGAUGCUUUGUAUAUUUAGCCAGCAACAUAGGAAUUACCUUUAGUGCUGAUAUGAGAAUAUUAAUUAUAAUGCUCUAUAGUAUUUUACCCCCGAUGAUAAAUCCACUAAUAUAUUGCUUGAGAGCGAAAGACAUGAGAGAAAGCUUAUUGAAACUUUUCAGGAGGAAAACUGUUUCACAUAAAGUACAGAUUUCAGCUAUGACUGACUGA